CGCUGUGUGCGUGCCGUUAUCUUGUGUGGGUGUCAGUUCGUUCUCGCGCGCGUCGCAGCAUUGUUGUUUGCAGUAGACUCGUGGAAGUUGACCGGUUGGUAUAUACGUAUCACGCUCGACCAAAACUACCGGCGAUAAACAAAAUAAUGAGUGUACAUUACGUGCAUCGCGAGUGCAAGCUACAACAGUGUGUGAUAACAAGAAUGUAACGUGCGUGUAGUGUUAAACGGUGUGGAGUUUUGAACGUGUUUUUUGGGUGUUCGCGUCAACGCCAUGACCAUCGAGUUUAGAUUAUCCCGUGAACGAAAAAGUUUUCACUGAUAAACCGAAGACUUAUAGUGACAAUAGUGCGUUAAUUGGUCAUGGAUGACAGAUAGUCGAGGGAUAAUGGGAGUUUGGGUGCCGGGAUCUUGAAAAUGCCGCAUGCGCACUCGAGCUCGGCUGCGUCCUCGGGCGGUGACGAUCUGGGCUCCACUGAUGAGGUCAAGGUGUUCAAGGACGAGGGGGACGGAGAGGACGAGAAGAGGAGUUCAGAGAAUCUGCUGGAAGAGAAGUCCAGUCUUAUCGAUUGGACAGAGAGUGAGGAAAAGUCCGGGGAGCCGUAUUCUGGAAAAUUAUCUGUUAAAUCGGAUCUCAGUCCAGUCUUUGGUAAAUUCGAGCCUCAUCCAGCAGCAGGAUUCAACAUGGGCUACCUCAUGGCACCUUACCCCUACCCCAACGGAGGAGCGCAUCCCUUGCCUGUAUCCAUGGUAUGUUUUGGUGCGGGGAAAAUGGGGUUACCAGCAGGUAGCAGCUUGUCCUUAUUCUGUCCCGGGGGGGAGUUGGGGCAACCACCACCCGCGCAUAUGGGUAUCCCGCCGCCAUACCAGAUAGAUUCCAAACUUGCGGCGGGUCUGGCGCGGACGCCAAUGUACCCCUUCCCGGGUGGGGCCUACCCUUACCCCAUGCUUAGUCCAGAGAUGUCACAAGUCGCUGCCUCGUGGCACACGCCUAGUAUGUAUCCAAUAUCGUCGGCAGCGAGCGGGUUUCGAAGUCCGUACCCAACGUCGCUACCCAUCAGCACCUCUAGUCUAUCAAGUGAAUUGUACCGGUUUUCGCCGACAUUAGGCGGAGGCCUAGGGCUCGGAUUGGGACCCGCGUUAGUGCCUCCACCACCCUCAAAGUCAGACCUCUUUACGCACCAUUCAAGGUCACAAGAGAAAAGCAGCUCCAGCGACAAAUCGUCAGAGCAGAGCAGCAAUAACAGCAAAGAACAGAACAAGAAGCCUCAUAUAAAGAAACCAUUGAACGCUUUCAUGCUCUAUAUGAAAGAGAUGCGGGCGAAGGUGGUGGCUGAAUGUACGCUCAAGGAAUCGGCGGCCAUCAACCAAAUACUUGGUAGACGGUGGCACUCGUUGAGUCGCGAGGAGCAAGCAAAGUACUAUGAGAAAGCGAGACAAGAGAGACAGCUCCAUAUGCAGCUAUACCCCGGUUGGAGCGCCAGGGACAACUACGGUUACGGUUCCAAAAAGAAAAAACGGAAAAAGGACCGCGGUCCCGCCGAACUGGGAGGUAAUAACUUAAAGAAAUGUCGAGCGAGAUACGGUCUCGAUCAACAGAACCAGUGGUGCAAACCUUGCAGGCGGAAGAAGAAGUGCGUGCGGUACAUGGAAGCCCUCGCAGCGGCCGGAGGGACCGUCCCCCUGCCCAUGCAGACGCCCCAGUCCCCCUGUUCUGAGGAGGAUGUCAAACUGGAGGAGAUGUCCGACGCCUCCAGUGACGAGGCAGACACUCCUCUCAACUCAGCGUCGAGCCCCGGAGGGCUGAGCGCUCUUUCUUCUCUUGCUUCACCGGCCUCGGAUCCGCCCCCUCCGCCCCGCAAUCCUGUCGGGACGAAUCCCCGGGAUGCGAAUAACCCCCUUUCCGUGAAUCAAUUAACUUCCCAAACGUGGCCGCGCGCUGCGCAAGCUAGGCCGGGACAUGAAGUGAUAUCUGUGUCAUAGUGGUGGACGUCCGGUGCCAGCCGACGCACGAAUGCGACUGAACGUGGACCGGCGUAAAUUGUGAAUUGACUGUUUUAACGUAUACCCUCGGAUGACUUUGAUUCGUAUGCAACUAUUGUCCACAUAUCUUGACAUGAUUGCAAAUGAUGUGUUACAAUUGUCAAAUUAUCUCCAUCGACAUAAGUCAACAAGUAUCAUAUUUGUAGUCUUAUAUCGAUUGAUUAAAGUUUGUCAAUUGCGUUAAUAUAAAUAUUUUCGAAAGAUAUGUGGGUAGUAAUGAGACGUUUAUUCGCACUUGUUUCCAUCAUAUCAAAGUCAUUAUUGAGUAUAUGUUGCGUUCUCUGGACCUUUGCUGUGAUCAGUCGUAAAGUGUUGUGUUCAAUGCCAUCUGUUUGUUUGGUCCGGAACUUGGUUGUGAUAAAAGGUACCAAGAAACAAACUCUGGUUACAGCGUUAUUCAAAGGUUAUAAUCGGGUGCUAAUCCAAACGGGUCUUUUAUGCUUUUUAGGAAUACCCAUAUGUGUGAACAUUUAUUUUUAAUUCAGCUUAGAAAUCAAACAUAUUCUUUUUACAAUAUAAAGUAGAUUUUUAAGCUUUCUGGCCUAACAGUAAACCCGACCCCAUGUGAGGUAUUUCUGAAAAACAUGCCGUUCUGUAAGCAAAUGUACAUUAAUAUAAUCUUGUAUUCGAAAAAUUAUUGUAAAAUAUAUCUUAACAUUACCACAUUAGUCCCGAUAACAGUCAUUUCAACUGAUCUCAGAUUUAUAAGCACUUUGACAUAAUUUCCUUUUCUCUUUCCAAACUUGAGUCCAAUGCAAAGUUGCCAUUUUUACAUUUCAUUAUUCGACCUUAUUUCCUCUAUUGUUAUAAUCCUUUGUCUAGAAAAUUGUGCAUACAUAAAAUGAUUAGCAUUUUAAUAUGUUAUUAUUAGUAUUUCAAUUGCAUAUUGAAAGCAAACCAUAAGCGCUAUUUUUUAUUAGUUUUAGUUUUUGACAAAUGGCAAUCCUAGUCUAAGAUGUCAUCAGACUAGUCACGCCUUCUCGUGCCAUUAUAAUUGACGUGGGCAAACGCCGCCAUUUUUAGUUUUGGACUCAUAAGUUCGGAUAUUUUUACCGUUUGAUGUCGAAUCGCACAGUCGUUAUUUCCUGUUCAUAGAGAAUGUGUUAACGUUUAUUGUUUUUGUUACUGAUAUUCAUGUUUCUUACUAUUACUUAUACUAGUUUCUUAGAUCUAUGGACCAAGUUUAUAUUUGUAAGGCAUCAGAACAGAUACAGAAUCUUUCGAAUGUCGAAAAGUUGCAAUUAUGUAUUUGUUACAUUAUAGUUAAAAGUGGUUAUGGCCUUUACUUUAUACUUACACAUAAAAUUCUAAAUGUAUUAUUUUUUUAUUAUGGAUUUGAUGUCUUGACACAUUAUCUGUGGACAGAUGGCGUUACUCGCCAAUUUGCUCUCUCACAGAUUAACAAUCCUAACCUCAACGGCCUGCACUUGAAGGUUCCAGAUAGUUUUAGAGUUUAGUUUAUAGUCCUUCGUGUAUGUAUGAUAAUAUUUUAAGGUAACGCGAAGGGCAACUGUUUUUCCGUUGUGCGGAAUCGUUAGACUGUCUUAGGUUAGAAUAGGCACAUUGUAUGAGUGGUUUAUGAUAUUUCAUAGAAAAUGCUCUUUUAUCGACAUCGGCAUGUUAUUAUAAAAGGAUGAAUUUUAUGUUUUCACUUUGAGAUUUUUUUUUAAUAAAUUUUACAGUUUAUAUAGAAGAGCAUUAGUUACGAAAUAUUAGUGUAUAUUAUGUGUAAGUACAUGCGGUAAUUGUAUAAAGUAGGUUUACUAACUGUGUCAUAUUAGAGAUAAGUGUACUAUUCUACUUACAUAUUCAUAUUACUGCUAUAUAAACAAAGGAAAUUUUAAAAUAUUAGUUGAAAUACCGACUCUUUCCUUACAUAUCCUGUGUAUAACUUAUUUCAAGAGUUAAAUGUACAUAACUUUGUAAUUGAAUUUAGACAUUCUCUGGUGAAAUUGCAUUUACUAUUGUAUUUAAAUGUGCCCACGAAUGUUCGUUAUCCACAACUUUUUUGUUAAUUAAUUUUUUUAUUGUUAUUAUUAAGAAGUUUAACGUUGUUGAUGACAAUAUCGAACAGAAUAACAAAAUUAUGAAUGAAAUCAAAAAUUUUGCAUUGACUUAUUGGGAAAUCGUUGACGAAUAAACUACAGGAUAUAUACACUUCAAAUCAGAUUGACUUUGCAUGAAUAUAAUGUUGUGCAAUACUGGAAUUAUUAUGGGUACUGUAUAUUUUUAUGUAAUGUAGCUUUUUCCGUAAAAGUACGUUUAAGUUUUUCUAAUUGAAAUUUUAUAAUUUCGGAUAUUUUAUGUUCAGAAAAAGAAUUAUUUUCGUUUUUUUAUAUAAACGUGGUGCGGCAUGUGCCAAAACAGUUCGCAAUGUAAUGGACAGUAAAUUUAUAAUCUGUGCCAAAUUGAACAUUGGGCUUAUGUCCUAUACCUCUUAAAGCUCUUAAACCUUUAUGUUGAUAGAUUUUAUAGGUUGUUUUUAUUGUUAAGAUGGUAAAGACAGACGGCAUUAAGCCAACUAUUAUUAUUUUUUUGUAGGGAAAAUUUGUCAAAUUAGAAAACUCAAUUAUUAGGUCUGGACCCAUGUCUUGUGUUCAGUUGAACGAAUAUUAUUUUAAUAAACAAUAUUAAAUUGUA